UUUUAAUAAGUGGCAUAUUUUGAUGUGUUAAACGUAUGAUUCAUAAUUCAUUAAUGUUUUACUUUUUUCUGAUUUUAAAUUUUUUAUGUAUUAGAUGUACUUAAUUACCAUUAUAAUUAUCAGGCAGCAUUUUGAAAUUCCGUUGCUAAUUAUAGGAAUCAUGAAAGAGCUUACUCGGUUGUAUGCAGUUUUACUGUUCCCUCCUGAAAAAGGAACCGAAGAGGAGACAGUCAAUGUCGUACCGCAAUCUUGGGUGAAAAAAGAAGGCAAAAUCUGUCUCUGGCCAAAAAUUAAAAAUCCGAAGAAACUAAUUGAAGAGUGCACCAGUCCUGUGGAUGUCGCAUGCGAAUGGCAAGAAUUUGAAUACAAAGCAAAGUGUAAAGAAAACAUUGAAGGCUACUCAAAAGCGAAGAUUGUUGAAAAGAAUGUCUUGGAUGAAAAGGAAAGUAACCUCAGUGAGAUUAGUGAUGUACCGAAAAAGAGACCCCGAAUGCCUAAAAACCCAUUCUCACCAUCAGCCAUGCAGUCUACUUCUUCGUCUCCAAAGAGUUGUGUAUCUCUUGAAGAGAUUAAUGAUGCAGAUGUAGAAUCUGAAGAAAAUACUACUCCAAUACGGAGGAGAUCUUUCCGACAAGCUCAAAUCUCUCCGUUACCUGAAGAUGAUUCACCAGUUGGAUCAAACCAAACACUUACACCUAAGUAUCCAACACCGCCCACAAAACGAGUGACCCCAAUCAGGAAAUCUCAUUGCAAUGCAUCAAGGAGCCUAUUUGCAGACGGUGAAGGUUCUGCCAAGAAUACAAAACCCCCUUCAAAUAUCAGGCUUGUCAAAACCUGCAAGUCACACCAAAAUAUAGCAAAGGAACCCUCGGCUCAAGUUUCAUCAAAUUCGGAUCACAAAAAAUCGAGGCAAUCCCAUACUUCAAAGACCAUUGCAGAAGAAUCUUUUACAAACCCUACACCUGAAUUAAGUUCCAGUUUCUUUGCCCAUUCUGAUCACGAAAAAUCGAGGCAAUCCCAUACUUCAAAGACCAAUGCAGAAGAAUGUUUUAUGAACCCUACAUCUGAAUCAAGUUCCAGUUUCUUUGCCCAUUCGGAUCACGAAAAAUCGAGGCAAUCCCAUACUUCAAAGACCAAUGCAGAGGAAUGUUUUAUGAGCCCUACAUCUGAAUCAAGUUCCGGUCCCUCUGCCUCUUUGGAUUUCAGUAACCUUUUUAUGCCCACCUCAAAAAGUUUAACAACAUUUCACACACAAUGGCGGAAGAUGAACGCACAGCAAAAAGACUUGUAUCAAGCCGAAACAUUGUUUGUAUUAAGGCGUACGCUACCACUCAUGGUUACUAAACUGGGCCCGGGGAUUCCUGGCACUUCAGCAGCAAUUGAUAGUAUUAAGGCGCAUCCAAAUCUCACCUGUUUUCCUAUUAAUGAUGAGGAUGAUUUAAAUAAGGCAGAAAAAUUACUCAAGAUGAAAGGCUGGAAACAAAAACUGGAAACUUUACUUCUGUCAAAGAAGUGCAAAGACUUGCGAGAAACAGCUCGAGCUAUGUGCUCCUUUUUGUUUACAGACCAAUUUGGGUCUGGGUACUCCAUGGUCGGACAAAAAAAGAAGAAGUCUUUCGUUCAGCUGCCACUUGUUACUCUGCUCAAAAAGACCAUCAGUUCAGCAUUUAACACUAAAAACAAAAUAACAAUUACAGACGAGGAAAUAAACGAGGCUGUGGAGGCGUGGUUGAAAUAUUGCAAAAAUCAUCUCACGCAGAAAGCCAAACCUGGGAAAAAGAGGAAGGAACCGGCUGAAUUGCCUCCGUCAGAUGAGGAAGAAGCAGUGUUGUAGUUUCUUCAGUUGUCCAUCCAAUUAUUACUCUUAAUCUGAACCUUAUUGAAACAGUUUCUGAAAUUCUGUUUUUUUUAUGAAUUAUUUAUGUACUAUUUUACUAAUAUGAUGUAUUUUUACGUAUAUUUCUGUCAUUGGACUCUUCAUUUCUUGUGCUUUUCAACUUGGAUGUAUUUAUAUUCAUUUUGAUGAGAUAAACUUGUGUAUGUGUGUUUUUUUAGGACUGGGAAUCUUUGUAACUCCCAGGAAAACUAUAGUUCCUUAAAAGUGUUCAUACAUUUGUAAUUGUGUAGAAUUUUAGUUUUCGAUCUCCCACUUAUGAGGGAAACUUGUAAUAUUGUCUCCUAUUCUUGGAGAAUGUUACAUCUCUUGUUUCUCUUCCCUUAAAACAUUUUCCUAAAAACUUUUUGACUAAUAAAAUCCUCAUCAGAACAACUCUAAAUGCAUAAGAAAGUUAAAAUACAAGCUGUAAUUUUUUCAGCAUUUUCUGAUUUAUUAAAUGACUUUCAAAAAACUGAAGAGAUGAUUUGAAAAAGACCCAUUGUAUGACAUUGAAAAUUCGUUUUCUUGAUGCUUCAGAAAGUGGUCAUAAUCAAUGAUUCGGGAGCGUUCAUUUAUAAUAAAGGACUUUGUUUUUGGACGUUGUUGGACUAGGUAUUCGCAUUUUUCAAUAUAAUUAACAUAGAUGUUUUUCUUCUCUUCAUGAUUUUGCACUCUUUUAUUUCUCCUCUCAAAAAAGGUAUUGUAAUUUAUUACAAACUCAUUGAAUACAAAAAUAGUUGACCUAUUAAGUUGAAUGUUGUCAAUAUAAUUAAUAUAAAUGUUUUUCUUCUCAUUAUAAUUUUGUACUUAUUAUAUAUAUUCUUCCUCUCAAUUUCAUUAUUUUUGUCUGACAAUUGAAGUUAAAGCUUUCUAUUGUAAAACGUUUCCUCGUUUCAUAUUUUGCUAAUAUGAAAACACAUGAGUAACGCUAACGCCUUGUUUGUAAGCAUGCUAAGAGAUAUUAAGGCAUAAUUCAGGAUUUGUUUUCUCAAGGGGGGAUAUUACUCCAACAUUUGAUUGUCAUAUUUCAGAUAAUUUAUAAAUACAUUAAUUUGAAGGUAUGCGAGCUUUUCUCCACAAAUGCUCAAUUGCGUUGGCAAAAUGUCAGUUAUGACGGACUUUGGGUGGCCUUCGCGGAAGAACGCACCCUCAUAGCUCUAACUUUGAGCGAGCCCACUUCGC